CCCGCGGUGCCCCCCGCAGGCGGCCCCGGCGCCGGUGCGGGCCGAGCGCUCCGCCGCGCCUCGCCAAUCGCGGCCGGGCCCGGCCGGGCCGGGCCGGGGCGCCGCCUCCGCCUGACAUUGAGGGCGCCGGGCAGGGCUGGGGCAGGCCGCGCCAUGUGGGGCCGCGCCGAUAGGGCUGUUAAACUGCUGGGAAGAAAUAUUCCCUCAGUUCUGAGGCUAACUGAAGGAGUGGAUCUGAAGAUAAGCAGAAGGCUUUGCAUUAAAUCCCAGGAAGAAAGUCAACCUCAGCCAAGAAGUCGGUCUCCUUUGAGGGUGCCUGGACACAAACCUACAGACUGGGAAAAAAGAUUUUUAUUGUGGGCAGGCCAUUUCAAAAAACCAGAGGAUAUACCAGAGACUGUCUCGAUCGAAACAAUCAGAGCAGCAAAGACCACGCUGCGUGUGAAGUGCAGCUACGUAAUGAUUGCUUUGACAAUACUGGGAUGCAUAGUGAUGGUGAUUAGAGGGAAGCAGGCUGUAAAAAGGCACGAGUCUCUCAUAAGUAUGAACUUGGAGAAGAAAGCUCAGUGGAGAGAAGCAGCUGCUCAGAGUACAUCUGCUAAACCUUAGAGGAGGAAACGAAAAGACAAAUGACUGGGGAAGAAGAGCUGAGUCCUCCUCAGCACUGGAAGGAGAAUACAGUCACGUCUUUCCUGUAUGUUAGUUCUGUGCUGUCGUGUUCAAGAAAGAAUGAAUACAUUAUCCUGUAAUCAUUAAACCCAGAAAUACUGAUUUCCCUUUCCUAACCACCA